AUGCCCUCCCGUGAAGACUCAGUGUACCUCGCUAAGUUGGCUGAACAAGCCGAACGUUAUGAAGAGAUGGUUGAGAACAUGAAGGCCGUUGCCUCCUCCGGUCAGGAAUUGUCCGUUGAAGAACGUAACCUUUUGUCUGUUGCCUACAAGAACGUCAUUGGUGCCCGCCGUGCGUCCUGGAGAAUUGUUUCUUCUAUCGAGCAGAAGGAGGAAGUUAAAGGCAACGAGCAGCAGGUUGCUUUGAUUAGAGAGUACCGUGCAAAGAUUGAGGCCGAAUUGACCAAGAUCUGUGAAGACAUCUUGUCUGUUUUGACCGACCACUUAAUUUCUUCCGCUCAGACUGGUGAGUCUAAGGUGUUCUACUACAAAAUGAAGGGUGACUACCACCGUUACUUGGCCGAAUUUGCUAUCUCCGAGAAGAGAAAGGAUGCUGCCGACUUGUCUUUGGAGGCCUACAAGGCUGCCUCUGACGUGGCUGUCACUGAGUUGCCACCAACUCACCCAAUCAGAUUGGGUUUAGCAUUGAACUUCUCUGUUUUCUACUACGAGAUUUUGAACUCCCCAGACAGAGCUUGUCACUUGGCCAAGCAGGCUUUCGACGAUGCUGUUGCUGAUUUGGAAACCUUGUCUGAAGACUCUUACAAAGACUCCACUUUGAUCAUGCAGUUGUUGAGAGAUAACUUGACCUUAUGGACUGACUUGUCUGAAGCUCCAGCUCAGCCGGAGGAACAGGAAGCACAAACGUCAGAGGCAAAGCCAGAAGAAGAAUAG